GCAAGAAAUAAAAAUCAAAAGGCUUCUUUCUUCUUCGAUCUUUUCCUCUCUCUUCUGGUUUUUAUUUCUUGCUGUAUUACUUCUACCGAACCAAAGGUUCGAUUCGAUUCCAAAAACACUAGCUGCUUUCGUUCUAAGAUUGGAGAAAUUGAAAUCGAUUGUGGUGUUUUUAGGUUGCGGAAUCGUAGAUAUUGGAACUUCGCACACUAGAUAAAUCAGCCUUUUCUAUUAUCAAUCAAUCAACCUCGAAUUCUACUUUUUGUUCGUUUCUAAAAUGGCUCUAAAGGAGCAGCUAAAUAAGUUCAACAAACAGCAAGAGAAAUGUCAAUCUACGCUUUCGAGCAUCGCUUCUUCAAGAGAAAGAUCGGGGACUUCGUCGAGGCAGAACGUGCCUCUUCCUGCAGCAAUCACUCAGAAGAAGCCUGAUGCUGCUCCUGUCCAGUUUUCAAAAAACACCGAGCAACUUCAGUAUAUUAACAGCAUUAAAAAAUCUCCUGUUGGUGCUCAAAUCAAGCGUGUCAUUGAUCUUCUCUUCGAGACAAGGCUAGCCCUAACGCCAGAGCAAAUAAAAGAAAGAUGUCAUGUUGAUAUGCAUUCCAAUAAGGCUGUUUUUGAUAGUUUGAGGAAGAAUCCUAAAGCUCAUUAUGACGGAAGAAGGUUCUCUUACAAGGCUACGCACGAUGUCAAGGACAAGAGCCAGCUUCGUUCGUUGGUGUAUAAAUACCCUGAUGGGAUUGCUGUCGUUGAUCUCAAAGACGCUUACCCGAAUGUUAUGGAGGAUUUAAAGGCUCUGAGUGAAUCAAAGGACAUCUAUUUGUUAUCAAAUUCACAAGAAGACAUUGCGUACCCAAAUGAUUUCAACUGUGAGAUUGCGGUUGAUGACGAAUUUAAAGUACUAUUCCGUGACAUAGAUAUCCCGAGCGACAUGCUUGACGUGGAGAAGGAUCUGCUGAAGAUAGGUUUGAAGCCGGCUACAAACACUGCGGAGAGAAGAGCUGCUGCGCAGAUCCAUGGCAUAUCAAAUAAAUCGAAGGAUAAGAAGAAGAAGAAACAAGAAAUCAGCAAGAGAACCAAACUCACCAAUGCCCAUCUUCCCGAGCUCUUCAAGAGCCUUAACGCCAGCAGUUCCCGGAACUGAACCUCGUAAAUGGGUUCAAAAAUUCAAAAUGAUCCCGAAUUUUUAUUAAUUAAGAAAUAUAUAACAGUGGAGAGCAAACAUAUCGUUGUAAGUUGUCAUAUUGUUGUAAUUGUUACGAUCACCACAUUGGUUAGCAAUAAACAUUUGUGAGUUGGUCUUUGU